GCCGAAGAGUCCCGAACUCCUUUUACAAUUUCCAGAAACCCCAAAUCGAUUCACUCUCUGUCUACGAUUCAUCAUUCAAUAACGGAGUUGUUGGAUCGGAGCUCGAUUUAUAGGCUAGCUGGAGGAAACCGCAAAUUGUAAAUGCAUGUGGCACUGGAUCUGAAUUGCUUCCUGCAGGUUGUGGUAUUGGCAUUGGCGGCGGCCGUCGGAUUCCUCUAUUUGGUACGGAACACUGCGUCUAGGUAUUUUGUAGUCGACUCCAAUUUCGGUUCCAGCGCGGCUGAUUUUUCCUCGGAUCGAAACACUAGGGGAAGUAUGACGCCGGCGGUUGGAGGAGGAGACAAGGUUCCUGAUAAAUGUGCGGUAUGCGGCGAUUCGACGAAGAAACAAUGCGCUCGUUGUAAGAAGGUUAAGUAUUGUUCUGAAGCUUGUCAAAUAACCCACUGGGAGGAGCAUAAGCCAAAGUGCAAGGACUCGACAUUUAUUCAAACCUUCCAAAAAGUAUUUAAAAAUAAAGUGAAGGAUGGGAAAGCUUCCCUAGUUACUGACAAUGGAAACUCAAGACCUAUUAAAAAUCCAAACCAGAUCCUUUUUCCAUAUGAAGAAUUCAUAAAUUUUUUUGAAUGGGACAGACCAGAUUAUCCUCCUCCCUGCGGACUUUUAAAUUGUGGAAAUAGCUGCUUCGCUAAUGUGGUUCUUCAGUGUCUUGCAUAUACUAGACCGCUUGUUGCCUAUUUGUUGGAGAAAGGCCACAAGACAGAAUGUCAAAUGGACCAUUCGUGCUUUUUCUGUGAAUUUCAAACACAUGUGGAACGAGCUACUCGGAGUACUGCUCCAUUUUCUCCGAUCAACAUUCUUUCACGUUUGCCUAAUAUUGGUGGUAAUCUUGAUUUUGGGCAGCAGGAGGAUGCCCAUGAGUUUAUGAGGUUUGCCAUUGACACAAUGCAAUCGGUGUGCCUUGAUGAAUUUGGUGGAGAAAAGGCUGUUCAUCCUAGUUAUCAACAGACAACCCUUAUUCAACAUAUUUUUGGUGGCCGCCUUCGAUCUCAGGUUGUGUGCACUGAAUGCAAUAAUGUAUCAAAUCAAUUUGAGAACAUGAUGGAUCUAACAGUUGAAAUCCAUGGAGAUGCUGAGACUCUGGAGGAGUGUUUGGAUCAGUUCACUGCCAAAGAACAGCUUAAUGGGGAUAAUAAGUAUAAAUGUGAUGGUUGCAAUGCUUAUGUCACGGCAUGGAAACGGCUCACUAUUCAGCAGGCGCCAAAUAUCCUUACAAUUGCCUUAAAAAGAUUUCAGAGUGGAAGGUUUGGAAAACUUAACAAGAGGGUUACUUUUCCCGAGAAGCUGAAUCUCACAUCUUACAUGAGUGAAUUAGAAUUUGGAAAUGAUUAUGUGUUGUAUGCUGUGAUUGUCCAUUUGGACAUGCUGAAUGCCUCAUUUUUCGGUCACUACAUCUGCUAUGUUAAGGGCUUCUGUGGAAACUGGUUCAGGAUCGAUGACUGUGAGGUUACACGAGUCCAUUUGAAUGAGGUGGUUUCACAGGGAGCUUAUAUGCUCUUGUAUAAAAGGGUUCAUGCUCGUCCUUCAUGUUUGCUUCCUGCUGAAACUUUUAACAAACUAGAAAACGGGGAUUCAAAAAAAGCAGUAGAUAUUUCAGUAAAACAAAUUAUUCAUAGCUCGGCAGCUGGAGCAUGCCUUGGUACUCCUGUUGAUUCUGAAAACUGUUCUGGACCGUCAGUUAACAUUGAGAUAUCUUCCAUAGCCAAUAUAGAAGAUCCAACAAGGGAGGUAAAGAUAGGAUCUGCUGAAACAUGUUCAUCCACUGUGAAUGGUGGAAUUCACAAUUUUGAGGCUGCACCGAAAAAGGUCGGCUCUUUGAAUGACGCAAGCGAACUGAUCCCCGUCAGCACUUCCUUGAUUGGUGACAGCUCUAUGGAAUUAGAUGCCAGCAAUGUGGCACCCUUUGUGUCUGAUACCAAAAAUCCAAGUGAGGGUAAUAGAUGCAAAGCUGAUGGAGGAUCACACAGAAUAUUGACAGAUGAAAUGACUUCUGCUGCGAACUGUAAGAUCGGGGAAGGCAUGGUAUCCUAUCUUUCUCCCAUGACCACCUGCGAAAUUCGAGAUGUGAACUCUUCUAAUGGCAGCUCUACACCUGGCAAUACCGUGAAUUCAAAUGAAACUUCUGGUAUAAAGCUGAAGCCGGUUUUCGUUCCUGGUUUUCUUGGCAAACACCCACAAAGGAGGCCUAAGCAGAAAAAGAAGGUAGUAGUAGAAGCCAAACUUUUACAGGCAGAACAUAUCAACAUGGCCUCAAAACUUGAGGAGAUUCGGUUCUUGAUGCACAAGAAUUGAAGGGUUCCGGCUGACUCUGGUACGACCAACAACCUCAGCAGUGGAGAUUCAGAGCCUUCGACCUGUGUUUACUGUAAGUACCCGAACUCACAUAACAAUAGAGAUGGUCUGGCAGCAAAACCAUGUUGUUGAUGACAGUUAUCGUCGACAACACCGGAUAUGUCCAUGAUAGAUGAUCCUUGAGGUUAUGAUAUUUUUCUUUUUCUCUCUUUUUUUGCACCUAACUUGUCAAAUGAGAACAUGGCAGUAGAUUUUGACAUAGGGAGUACUAGCAUGCAUGCAUGCAUCAAGAAAUUUUCAUUUUCUUUCUAUCAUAGUUUUUAGAAAGAGAGAGAGAGAGAGAGAGAGAGUUUUGUUUAUGAAUGAGCAGCCAGCAGCAUUAGAGUAAUGUGUGUUUUUUUCCUGGUGAUGCACAGAGAAAGAUGAUUUAUGAAUUUUAAGCAAU